AUGGCGCCUGGAACCCUCUAUGCUUAUUUUAAGCUGUGCUUUCUGGUUUAUUCAAUAAUUAAUACUAUAAACCCCAGCAAGACUACUUUAGCUGAUUGCCUGAUUUCUAGCAAUGGAAUAAUCUCCAGCCGCUUGGCGGGAAAGCUGAGGUACUUAGACAGUCGAGAAGAUGAACAGAUCCGAGGAAUAACGAUGAAAUCCAGUGCCAUUUCAUUGCACUUUGAAAAGGGUGAUGAGGAGUAUCUGAUUAACUUAAUAGAUUCCCCAGGGCAUGUGGAUUUUUCUUCAGAAGUAUCUACUGCUGUCCGACUCUGUGAUGGUUGCAUCAUAGUGGUGGAUGCUGUUGAAGGAGUCUGUCCACAGACUCAAGCAGUUCUACGGCAAGCAUGGCUAGAAAAUAUCCGUCCAGUAUUGGUGAUCAAUAAGAUUGACCGUUUGAUUGUGGAACUCAAGUUCACCCCUCAGGAAGCCUACAUGCAUCUGAAGAAUAUCUUGGAGCAGGUCAAUGCAGUCACAGGAACGCUCUUUACCUCUAAAGUACUAGAAGAAAGAGCUGAGAAAGAAACAGAAAUUGCUUCGGAUUCUGCACCAGGAGAUCAAAUUUAUGACUGGAGUGCUGGCUUAGAAGAUACUGAUGAUUCCCAUCUUUAUUUCUCACCAGACCAUGGAAAUGUGGUGUUUGCCAGUGCAAUUGAUGGCUGGGGUUUUGGGAUUGAGCAUUUUGCCAAACUGUAUAGCCAAAAGAUGGGAAUCAAGCCUGCAGUACUUCUGAAGACUUUAUGGGGAGAUUAUUAUUUAAACACAAAAGCAAAGAAGAUAAUGAAAGGUGAUCAGUCAAAAGGGAAGAAACCCUUGUUUGUGCAGUUGGUGCUGGACAACAUAUGGAGUCUGUAUGAAUCUGUUAUGAAAAGAGAUAAAGAAAAAAUUGAGAAGAUAGUCACCUCAUUGGGAUUGAAAAUCGGUCCACGGGAGUCACGGCAUGCAGACCCUAAAGUCCAUCUUAAUGCCAUUUGUAGCCAGUGGCUACCAAUAUCCGAGGCAGUCCUCUCCAUGGUGUGUAAUAAACUUCCCAGUCCCCUUGACAUCACUGCUGAGAGAGUGGAAAAGCUGAUGUGUGUUGGAGCUAGAACAUUUGAUUCUUUACCACCAGAAACCCAGGAACUGAAAAGUGCUUUUCUGAAGUGCAGCAGUGAAGUAACAGCCCCAGUUAUUGUCUUUGUUUCCAAAAUGUUUCCUGUUGAUGCGAAGACAUUGCCACAGAAUAAACCAAGGUGGGGCAUGGUGCCUUUUGUAAUAUCUUUAGAAAUGCGAACUGACUUUGCAUCUUUUAUAGUUGCUGUAUUUCUGCCAUCUGCUUGUCAUGUUGGUUUAAGCACAGCUUGGUAA